GCGUCCGCCCCGCCAUGAGCGGAAGGCACACGAUCAACAACGUUGCGAGAGAGGGGCGGAACAUGAGCAGAACACGAGUAGAGUAUGCGAGACGUUGUGGGAAGUUAAGGUUGAGAUACAAUGGCAUCUCUCCCACCCUCCCGCACCGCCAGCGCCGCUGAACCCCGCCGCACCGCCGCCAACCUCCGCCAGAAAAGUCGGCCCACUUCCGCUGCGCUCAUCGACGACAGACCGGACUCGAAGGCUUCACUUAAUCGCAGAACCUCAAUCGCCACCACAGAGACACGCACAGAACGAAGGGUCGUAGACGAGCGUUUUCUUCGCCGGACGAGGAGUCCUGUCAAGCCGGUCAAUGGCCGAGUUAGCAGAGACUCGGCGGAGAGGCCGCAGAAGGUGAAGACGAAUGGAAACGAGAGUGCACCAACUGCGGCAUCACCAUGGAGUCCGCAAGCAACACUACUUCCGCCCGGCUCGAGCGCACCACUGGCCUGCAGGGUGUCCAUUCCGCCCUUGUCUCAACAUGCGCCUGCAGCAGUGCAUCCGCCACCGAUGAGCAAUCUCAGUCUGGAACAGCAAGAACGGGCGCUGAUUGAAGACUUGUUGUACGUCUUCAUGGGCUUCGAGGGUCAGUACGUUCGCUAUAUUGAAUCGUACAACCCUCUGGACGAGAAGAGCCGGCUUGUAGGACCUACAUUCCGCAUCGCACAUGGACUGGACCCGAGUCUGCGCGACCUGGCGAGCGGUAUGCUGAAGACUGCAACGCAUUACGCCUCGAUUGAGGUUUUCGUGGAGACGAUGGGCAGAGAAGAGUGCGGCACAGUCAAUCACGCACUCUGCGCUGCUGUUCGUAAAAUGUUGAAGGAGUACUUAAUCCUGAUCGCACAGUUGGAGAACCAGGUUUUGACCAACAAAAGCUUCACCCUACUUCAAAUGAACAUGCAUCUCAAGCCUACAGGUCACAUGAUGUCGCAACUGUACAGCUUGGCGCAGGAAGUGCUCAAGGAGAACAGCAUGCUCGGUGAUGCUCUCGAGGACGAGGUCGAUCAGUCGGACGAGUUCGAGAACAUCCUCGAGUCACUCCGUGAAGGCCGCGACACUGCCAUCCCGGGCAAAAAGACAUGCAAAGGUGGUGCCGUUCUACGCUUGAUCACCCGUCGUCUGCAAUCAUCCGCAGGCGACCCGACUGCCUCCCAACUUCUGCAGACUCUACUUCGUGAAAGCAGCCGGCCAUACAUGCGCAUGCUCAAUGAGUGGCUCCACCAUGGCAAUGUCCGCGAUCCGCACUCGGAGUUCUUAAUCAAAGAACAAAAAUCCAUACGCCGUGAAGGAUUGCAGCAAGACUACACCGACGAAUACUGGGAGAAACGCUAUACCAUCCGACCCGAGCUGGUCCCGCCACAAUUGGAUGGCGUCAAAGAUCGCGUACUGCUAGCUGGCAAAUACCUGAACGUCGUCCGCGAGUGUGGCGGCAUUACAGACGUCAACCGUGACCUCGCCAACAGCGCGGAGGUACCUCACACCUUCGACGACCCACACUUUCUGGAGAACGUCAGCUUGGCAUACGCCUUCGCCAAUCGGAGCUUGAUGGCCCUGCUAUUAACAACCCACGGCCUGCCGGCUCGACUGCGGAGUUUGAAGCACUACUUCUUCCUCGACCGCUCAGACUUCUUCACGUACUUCCUCGAGCUGUCGUCUUCAGAGCUUAGGAAACCAUCCAAGAACGUCAACGCGGGUAAGCUGCAGAGUCUGCUGGACAUCGUGUUGCGGCAGCCCGGUAGCGUGGCGGCAGAAGACCCGUUCAAAGAAGACGUUCGGGUGACCAUGUCCGAUACCGGCCUUACUGGCUGGCUAAUGCGGGUAGUGAAUGUGCAAGGCAUGGAUGCAGAUGCCUCGUCCGUGUCCUUGACAUACACAGGCGGCGCUGGUAGCACGAGUGGGAAAGAAGAGAAGGAGAUCACAGGCUAUGAAGCACUUACGCUGGACUAUGCCGUUCCGUUUCCGCUAAGCUUGAUCAUCUCACGGAAUACCUUGACGAGGUAUCAGCUGCUAUUCCGCUACCUGCUCAGCCUGCGGCAUCUGGAGAUCUUACUCACAAGCAGCUGGACCGAGCACACGAAGGCGCCGGCCUGGAUUAAGAAGACGAGGCGGAAAGGCUCCACGGACGGAAACGCGGACGUGUCAGCCAGAAUCGAGCACUGGAAACGCCGCGCCUGGUGUUUGCGGGCAAGGAUGCUAUGUUUCGUGCAACAGCUACUGUACUACUGCACGAAUGAGGUCAUUGAGCCGAAUUGGGUGGCGUUCAUGGGGAGAUUGAGCCAUGCAGCAGAAACGGAGAAGUCAAGCGAAGCACAACCAGAGCAACAGACGGAAGAUGUCCCGGUCAAGGCCAAACGAACAGUCGACGAAUUGAUGCAAGACCAUGUCGACUUCCUCGCUACUUGCUUGAAGGAGUGCAUGCUGACGAACAGCAAAUUACUCCGCAUCAACUCAAAGGUAAUGGCCACCUGCACCCUCUUCGCACACACCACCGCCUCCCUCACCAAAUCCGUCGACCUCGCCACCGACGGAGACGCCGCAAGACUGGACAAACUCUACAGCAUCCUGCGCCAGUACGAGGACCACUUUGCGCGGCACCUGAAGAUCUUGAUGGAUGCGCUGAACUAUCUGGCUGCGACAGAGACGGUGGUGUUUCUGGGACUCUGUGCGCGGUUGAGUGGAGCUGGGGAGGGAGGUGGAGGUGGCGCACUUGGGAGGGAGGGAGAUAUAGGAGGGUAUGGUUAAAAAGAAGUACAUGCUUUUCGAGAAAUGGGUUGGGUGACGACCGGGGAUUCUAAGCGCUGGCGCUGUCGGUGAAGAAGGGGAUGAUAGUUUCGAGGACCGCAGUUCAUCGAUCAAAGUUAGCAUGAGUGACCGCCGCCGUGUCGAGCUAUUUCACUGAAGCUGGGCC